AUCUGCGAAAGUCUGCGAAUCGGAUCCACAAGAAGAAGAAUGGACUCUUCGGACGCGCGGACGCCUUUCGUCGCGCCCGCAAUGCCCACGACUGUGCGCCUCACGGAGCCCGAGCGGCCCUUCGCGGAGACGGUGUGGGCGUGGCUGGUCAGCAACCUGUUGCUCGUGCUGACCGUGCUCUCCGUGGUGGGCGGCCUCGUCUGCGGCUGCCUCAUGCGAUACGCGCACUACGACGAGGACACCAUCAUGCUCAUCGGCUUCCCGGGCGACCUUCUCAUGCGAAUGCUCAAGAUGCUGAUCAUUCCGCUCAUCGUGUCCUCGCUCGUCGCGGGCCUCGCGCAGCUGGACGCGGCCAGCUCGGGGCGCAUGGGCAGUCGCGCGCUCGCCUACUACUUCGGCACCACGAUGCUGGCCGCCGUGCUGGGCAUCGUGCUCGUGCUGGCCAUCCACCCGGGCAACCCCAAGAUCAAAGAGGCCGCCAUGCUGACGAUCCAGGAGAAGACGGACACGCGCGUCUCCACACUCGACGCCAUGUUGGAUCUGGCCAGGAACAUGUUCCCCGAGAACCUGCUGCAGGCCGCCUUCGCGUCGGUGCGCACGGAGUGGACGCGUGGCGCGCGCCUCAACCUGACCGGCCGCGAGGCGCACGUGCGCUGGGAUCGCGUGGAGAACGCGUCCGUUGAGGUGCGCGCGCCCGACGGCUCCCUCCACAGUGAAGUGCGCUUCUACCAGAUGGUGCGCUCCUUCCCCUACAUCCAGAACAGCAACGUGCUCGGCCUCAUCGUGUUCUGCACGGCGUUCGGCAUCAUCUGCGGCCAACUCGGCUCCGAGGCCGAGACCAUGAUCAAGUUCUUCGUCAUCCUGAACGAGAUCGUGAUGCGCCUGGUGGUCAUCUGCAUGUGGUACUCCCCGAUCGGCAUCGCCUCGCUCAUCAUCAACAAGAUCCUCGACAUCGGAGACAUGUACUCGGUGGCGCAGCAGCUCGGCCUCUACAUGCUCACGGUCAUCGCCGGCCUCCUCAUCCACGCCGUCAUCACUCUGCCGCUCAUCUACUACUCGGUCACGCGCAAGAACCCGCUCACCUUCUUCCGCGGCAUGUUGCAGGCGUGGGUCACGGCUCUGGGCACCGCCUCCUCCGCCGCCACCCUUCCGGUCACCUUCCGCUGCCUCGAGGAGAACAACCACAUCGACAAACGGGUGACGCGGUUCGUGCUGCCAGUGGGCGCCACCGUCAACAUGGACGGGACGGCGCUCUACGAGGCGGUGGCCGCCAUCUUCAUCGCGCAGAUGAACGCCGUGGACUUCAACAUCGGCCAAAUCAUCAUCGUGUCGCUCACGGCCACCGCCGCCUCCAUCGGCGCGGCGUCCGUGCCGUCGGCCGGCCUGGUCACCAUGUUGCUCGUGCUCACCGCGCUCGGACUUCCCACUCAAGACAUCUCCAUGAUCAUCGCCGUCGACUGGUUCCUCGACCGCAUCCGCACCUCCAUCAACGUGUUGGGCGACGCGUUCGGCGCCGGCGUGGUCUACCACCUGUCGAAGGCCGAGCUCGACAAGUGGGACGCCGAGCACGCGAUCGAGCUGGCCGAGUCCAUGCCCCGCAAACUCUCCAUUAUGUCUCCCUCGAGAGCCAACGUUCCGAACGCGUCGAAGGGAUCGCGGAAUCCGGAAACGGAAAUCUAAGGAAAUCUAUGCACAAAACAUAUCGGCGUUCGAAUCAAUAGUAUAUUUAGUAUAAAACAAUCAACAGGUUGCUGACCAGCCACGCCCACACCGUCUCCGCGAAGGGCCGCUC